AUGACAUCCAUCUUCCUUACCGGUGCUUCGGGUUACGUCGGAGGUCAACUCCUCCACCAAUUGACCCAGUCUCACCCAGAGUACAACAUCGUCACCCUCGUGCGAGACAGCCACGCCGCCGAGACCGUGUCGCAGGCGUAUCCCAAGGUGCGCACUGUGGUCGGCGACUUGGAUGACAGCGAUCUUGUGAAAAGUGAAGCUGAAAAGGCUGAUGUUGUUCUGAAUGUCGCGUCGAAUAAGCAUGUUGGGUCAUUGAAGGCUAUUCAAGAGGGAUUGAAGAGCAAGGACAAGGCUUAUUUGAUUCAAAUCUCUGGCGCAAGUCUCCUCCCCAUCAAAGAUCUCUCAUCACCCUCCUUCAAACCCGGCGAACCCUCAUCCGCUGUGUUUGACGAUCUCAAAGAUGUAUCCUCAAUCCUAGAUCUCAUCCGCUCCCACGAGGCUAGGGCUGUAGACAACGCCAUUCUCAAAAUCUCCCAAGAAACACCCUCCAUCAAAACCGCCAUUGUCUUCCCUCCCAUCAUUUACGGCAAGGGUGAAGGCCCUGUUAAGCAGCGCAGUGUGCAAAUCCCCGCUUUGUCAAAGGUUGCUAUUGAGCGCGGUCAUGCGGUGAGGGGUGGAAAGGGUCUGGCUGCUUGGACGAAUGUUCAUGUCGCUGAUCUUGCGAGAUUAUUUGUUCUUCUUGCUGAGAAGGGUGAAAAGGGUGAUGACAGCGACAAGAUCUGGGGAGAGAAUGGCAUUUACUUCCCUGGUGUUGGUGAAAUGACAUGGGCAGAAAUCUCCGACAAGGUCGCGCAAGCAGCAAAGGAUCAAGGACAUAUUGAUACACUAGAAGUAGAAGAACUAUGGAAGCCUGAGCUCGACACAGCUUUGCCAGCUGGAUCAGUCUUUUUCGGCAGCAAUGCCAGAAGCAAGCCUGUUCGCGCCACUGAGGUUCUGGGCUGGAAGCCUAGUGAGAGUGGGUUGGAUAAGGAAAUCCCUAGAGCUGUGGCUGAAGAGGCUGAGGCUAAGAAGAAGGCCAACCUCUAA